AUGGGGAAGAAAAAAGCCAACGUACCCCGCGAGGGUCACGUCUCGGGCCAAUCCAACGAUCCGCUGACCCAGCCCGCUCAUGCUCUCACCUUCCGCCAGGUCGAGGACGAGCUAAGGUCUAAUGCCCUCAGCGGCCUCGCUCCCGACGACGCCGCCGCCCGACUGGUGACUUUUGGGAGCAAUGAUCUUGGAGAGGCCGAGGGCGUCCAGCCCAUCCGCAUUAUCAUUGCCCAGGUUGCCAAUGCCAUGACAAUGGUUCUCAUCCUGGCCAUGGCCGUGUCUUACGGGUUCCAGUCGUGGAUCGAGGGCGGUGUCAUCACUUUUGUCAUUCUCUUGAACAUCGUCCUCCCCACCGGAAACGUUGUCCGAAACGGCCGCUCCCACGUCGUGCCUUCUGCCGAGAUUGUACCUGGAGAUCUUAUCGAGCUCAAGAUGGGUGAUACUGUACCCGCCGAUGUCAGACUUACCGAGGCCGUCAACUUUGAAACAGAUGAAGCUCUGCUCACCGGAGAAUCUCUCCCCGUUCGCAAGGACGAAGAACAGGUUUUCCCCGAGUACACUGGCCCGGGAGACCGCCUCAACGUCGCCUACAGCUCAUCCACCGUAACCAAGGGCCGGGCCAAGGGUAUCGUCUUCGCCACCGGCGUCUACACCGAAAUAGGAGCCAUCGCCUCGGCCCUGCGCAAGAAGGACUCCAAGGUCCGCCCGGUCAAGCGCGGGCCCGAUGGCCACGCCAAGCCCCAUCGCUACAUCGAAGCCUUCACCCUCACCAUCACUGACGCCGUCGGCCGGUUCCUCGGUGUGAACACGGGCACCCCGCUCCAGAAGAAGCUAUCGCGCCUGGCGAUGCUGCUCUUUGGCAUCGCCAUCCUCUGCGCCAUCAUCGUCCUCGCUGCCAACAAGUUCGACAGCAAGACCGAGGUCAUUAUCUACGCCGUCGCCACCGGCUUGUCCAUGAUCCCCGCCAGCCUUGUCGUCGUCCUGACCAUCACUAUGGCCGCCGGCACGAAGAGGAUGGUGGAACGUAAUGUCAUCGUGCGCAACCUCCGUUCCCUCGAGGCCCUCGGCGCCGUCACCGACAUCUGCUCCGACAAGACGGGCACCCUCACUCAGGGCAGGAUGCUUGCCCGCGGCGCCUGGAUCCCCUCCUUUGGCACCCUGACGGUCGAGAACUCGUCGUCUCCCUUCAACCCCGAGUCUGGUGACGGAAAGGCUUCGCUCAUUGAAUACCUUCGCGUCUGCUCCUUUGCCAACCUCGCCACCAUUGUGAACACGGACGGGGAAUGGAACGCCCGCGGCGACCCCACCGAAAUCGCCAUUCAGAUCCUGGCCUCCCGCUUCGGCUGGAACAGGCUCGACUUCACCUCGGGCGAGCACGCCGCGUGGACGGACCUGGUCGAGAUGCCGUUCGACUCCGAUGUCAAGCGCAUGUCCGUCGUCUUCCGCGAGAACAGCACCGGAAACUUGCAGGUCCUCACCAAGGGUGCCGUGGAGCGUGUGCUCGACGAGUGCGUCAACUACUGUACCGACGUGGCUGAUAGCGAGGCGCUCGCCCCCUUACCGAAGAGUAAGCCGUUCCGUGGCAUCAUCAAGAAGGGGGACGACGUGGAGCGCCAUACUAUCGAAUGCGACCUCACCUUCCGUGGCCUCGUCGGACUCUACGACCCUCCCCGCCCCGAGUCGGCGCCUGCGGUGCGGCAGUGCCAUGAGGCGGGCAUCUCGGUACACAUGCUCACGGGUGACCAUCCGGAGACGGCCAAGGCUAUCGCCAUCGAGGUGGGGAUUCUCCCUACUAGGAUGGAUCGCGUAGCUCAGGAUGUGGCUGCGGCAAUGGUUAUGACUGCGGCGCAGUUCGAUGCCCUCUCGGACGACGAAGUGGACAGGCUCCCCGUGCUUCCUUUGACUGGUGACGGAGUCAACGAUUCCCCCUCCCUUCGUCGCGCCGACGUGGGUAUCGCCAUGGGCCAAUCGGGCUCGGACGUGGCCAAGGACGCCUCGGAUAUUGUGCUUGCGGACGACAACUUUGCCUCCAUCGUGGCCGCCAUUGAGGAGGGCCGUCGAAUAUUUGACAACAUUCAGAAAUUCGUCCUGCACGUCCUCGCGGAGAACAUUGCGCAGGCCGGCACUUUGCUUGUGGGAUUGGCGUUCAAGGAUCAGAGCGGACUUUCCGUGUUUCCUCUUGCGCCUGUUCAGAUUGUCUGGAUUAUCAUGGCUACCUCUGGCAUGCCUGACAUGGGCCUCGGCUUCGAGCGCGCCGUCCCCGACAUCCUCCGCCGUCCCCCGCAGUCCCUCAAGACGGGCAUCUUCACGACCGAGUUCCUUAUCGACAUGGUAGUGUACGGCCUCUGGAUCACAGUCCUCUGUCUCGCGAGUUUCGUGCUAGUCGUGUACCGCUGGGGCGGCGGCAACCUCGGCCACAACUGCAACGAAUCCUACAACGAAACGUGCGAUGUGGUGUUCCGAGCACGCGCCACCACGUUUGCCUGCCUCACCUGGUUUGCGCUCUUCCUCGCGUGGGAAAUGGUGGACAUGCGCCGGUCCUUCUUCCGCAUGCAGCCCGGUUCGAAGCGCUACCUGACUCAGUGGAUGCACGACGUUUGGCGCAACCAAUUCCUCUUUUGGGCCAUUAUUGUCGGCUUCGUCACCCUCUUCCCCUUGCUCUACAUCCCCGUCAUCAACACCGUCGUGUUCAAGCACAAGGGCAUCUCGUGGGAGUGGAGUAUUGUUUUUGUCAGCGCCGCCCUCUUCUUUGGCGGCGUCGAGGCCUGGAAGUAUGCCAAGCGCGUCUACUUUCGCCGGCAGGCGGCCAAGCGGCGCGGCACGGACUGGAAGGACUUGGACACGGAGCAGAGAGUGUUUGGAGACUUCUUUAGCGGCGCGGCUCGGGACCAGGACCAGGAGCACGAUCGGGAACGCGAGAUCCCCUUGACUAUGGAACUGGACGGCGACGGCGGAGGAGGGGAGGGACGAGCAACGAAACUGGACUUGCACAGGUCGAGAAGAAGGCUGGGAUGA